AUGCUCGUCUCGUGUUCACAGCCAGGAUUGCCGCGGACGGAUCGUCAUAAUGAAUUCGGUUCAUGUAUGGAAGGUUUUAGUGGUUACGUUGGAGAGUCACUUGUUAUCACCGGGUUACCAGGUGCAAAGAAAUGGACUGGAGGUGUAUUCAGUAGGUAUUAUCCAAAGGAUAUGUUCGCAAUGAACGUUGAUCGCUGGACAAUGGGUGUUGAACCACGAGCACACGGCGUGCGAUCGAAGUUGCAGGCACAUGACUAUCUCGGCUAUUCGGUACGACACGGUCGUUUUGGAUUCUGGUAUGAAGACUCACGAAAUUCAACAAUUGUAUCGGGUGCAACACGAUACAAUCAAACUGGGGCAAUAAUAUUCUUGCCAUUCAAACGUAGUUAUACAUCUGGAAGUAGUUCAUCACAUCAGUUGGCUCUCACUGAAGAUAGUUUCAUGCUAUUGGGCAACCAGCUUGGUUCAGCUUUCGGUUAUGCCAUCGAAGUUAUCGAUCUUAACAAUGACGGGUUCGUGAUACCUUACUAUUAUCCAUAUACGUUAUAA